AUGGCUGCGACAACCCCUUCAACCUGCCGCGUCGUGCUGGCCGCAAAUAUCGCUGCGCCGUUUAUCGAGGAAGUUAAGGAAUACACCAAAGACAAAAACGCACCCCUCUUCGUCGGAUUUCUCGCGAACGAUGACCCCUGGGCCCGUCAAUACGCCGAACAAACCGGCAAGACCGCCACCGACGCCGGGUUCACCUUCGAACUCCGCGUCGUCGAUAAAGAAGAUCUCGAAGAAAAGAUCAUGGAAGCGAACGUCGACGAGAGUGUCACGGCCAUGAUGGUCUACUGGCCAGUAUUCGGUACGCAACAAGAUAAAUAUCUCCAGCAGUGUGUCGCACGGGAAAAGGACGUCGAGGGUCUUUCCCACGUGUACGUCCAGAACAUGUAUCACAACAUCCGUUUCCUCGACGCCGCACAAACCCAGAAAUCUAUCCUCCCCUGCACGCCGUUGGGUGUCGUCAAGAUCCUGGAAUACCUCGGUGUGUACAACAAUGUCUUGACGUACGGUAACAGACUCUACGGGAAGACCAUCACCGUCGUUAACCGCUCCGAGGUCGUCGGACGUCCAUUGGCGGCACUGCUGGCGAAUGAUGGUGCGACGGUUUACUCUGUCGACAUCACUGGUACUCAGAAAUUCACCCGCGGAGCUGGUAUCAAGAAGAAGAAGCACGAAGUCGAGGACGUGGAUCUCAAGCUCGAAGACGUCGCACCAAAGUCCGACGUCAUCAUCACCGGUGUUCCCGGAGCCGCGUACAAGUUCCCCACGGAGCUCGUGAAGGAGGGAGCAGUCUGUGUCAACUUCUCCACGGAGAAGAACUUUGACCCGAGUGUGAAGGAGAGAGCGGCGAUUUAUGUGCCGGCGACAGGAAAGGUUACGAUUGCAAUGUUGUUGAGGAAUUUGGUGCGGUUAUACCAGAACCAGCAGUUGGUGAAGGGGCUCAAGGCAUAG